AUGAAAUUAACAAAAUUAGAAGUCAUAAACAUGUGCUUGUUGUGCAAGGUGUUGACGAAUGUUGAGAUGUUAAAAUUGAUAAAGAACCAAAAGGUAGACAAACGACAAUUUUUCGAAAAUGUUUUGUUAAAUAAAUUUAAAAUGCUGCAAGCCGUGAUCAUGAAUCCUUUUUCUAAAGUGAAACUGAUGUUCUUAUCAUAA